UAAAUCCCCGCCCCGCUCCAUUCCUGCGUUGUUUGGGGACAGUAGGAAGAUGGCGGCGGCCCCGCUGUACUGUGUCUGCCGGCAGCCCUACGAUGUGAGCCGGUUUAUGAUCGAGUGCGACAUCUGUAAAGACUGGUUUCACGGCAGCUGUGUGCAGGUAGAAGAGCAUCAGGCUGUGGAUAUCGAUGUUUACCACUGUCCCAACUGUGAUGUCCUACAAGGACCCUCCCUGAUGAAAAAGCGCAACAACUGGCACAGGCAUGACUACACGGAGCCAGACGAUGGAUCGAAGCCAGUGCAGGCUGGAACCUCAGUAUUUAUCAAGGAGCUCCAGAACAGGACCUUCGCCAGUGGUGAGGAGAUUAUGAGGCGGAUGAAGGGCGAGCAGGUGACACCCAGGUACCUGGAGAGACACGGCUUCAACUACCCUAUAGGGGUCACGGAGAUGGAGGGCCUGGGACUCAAGCUACCUCCUCCUACUUUCUCUGUCAAAGAUGUCGAGCAGUAUGUGGGUGGCGACAAAGUCAUCGAUGUGAUAGAUGUGGCACGGCAGGCAGACAGCAAGAUGAAGCUCAGCGAGUUCAUCAAGUAUUUCACCGCGCCGCAUCGACCGAAGGUCCUCAACCUCAUCAGCCUGGAGUUCUCUGACACUAAGAUGUCAGAGUUGGUGGAGGUGCCUGACGUGGCUCAGAAGAUGUCCUGGGUAGAGAACUACUGGCCAGAUGACUCCUUCUUCCCCAAGCCCUUUGUCCAGAAGUACUGCCUUAUGGGAGUCAAGGACAGCUACACAGAUUUCCACAUAGACUUUGGGGGCACCUCGGUCUGGUACCAUGUUCUCUGGGGUGAGAAGGUCUUCUACUUGAUCAAACCCACUCCCGCCAACCUUGCACUAUAUGAGGCAUGGAGCUCCUCGCCCAAUCAGAGUGAAGUGUUCUUUGGGGACAAAGUGGAGAAGUGUUACAAGUGUGUUGUGCCCCAAGGAACCACCCUGCUCAUCCCUACAGGCUGGAUCCAUGCUGUUCUCACCUCUCAGGAUUGCAUGGCGUUUGGAGGGAACUUCCUUCACAACCUCAAUAUUGGCAUGCAGCUCAGGUGUUACGAAAUGGAGCGUCGUCUGAAAACCCCAGACCUCUUUAAGUUUCCGUACUUUGAGGCCAUCUGUUGGUAUGUGGCCAAGAACCUCCUGGAAACGCUAAAAGAGCUACGAGAGGACAACUGUCCGCCACCGACCCACCUAGUGGAGGGAGUGAAGGCUUUAAUCAGUGCACUGAGGACCUGGUUGAAACGAGAGGUGACUGAGCCCACCAGUGAGGUACCGGAUCAUAUCAGGCCAAACCAUCUCAUUAAAGAGCUGACUAAGGAAAUCCGCUACCUGGAGGAGGAACCGGUCAGCGGUAGCAAGCCAGUGAAAUCUCAGGGAAGUGGGUGUGGAGUAGCAUCUGGAUCAAACGGCUGCCCGGCCACUCGCUCCACACUGGAGAAGCUGUGCCAGGCCCGGCAGGCGAGAAGGGCGGCCAGGCGGCUGAGGGAGCAGCAACGACAGGCCCCCAAGGUGCCCUCGAACCUGGACAUCUUGGAGCGGCACACCAGGGAGGUGCUGAGGAGGCUGGAGGUGGGACCGCUGGAGGAGGAUGAGGCGUUCUGUGCCAAGGUUCAUGGGAAGCUCAACAAAGUGUCGACUGCAUCGGCUGCUGCUGCAGAGUCUUUAGACGACAACCACCUCCGGCUAAUGCUGGUCAACGGCAGAAUCAUCAGAGAUUUAAGGCGGCCAGGCAGCAGCCCGGUGAAGACGGAGGGUGAACGGUCACCUGUUGGCCAGGGCCCACCAAAGAGUUGUGUGGAUGUGAAGUUGGAGAGGACACACGACGGUCAAGAGCAGCACAGCACGGUGGACAAACCCACAGUCCUCAGGGCUCUGGAGAGGGUGAAGACUGAACUCAGGGAAGAAGUCUCAGGACACUCCGGGGUGUCAGACGUGGAGUCAGACAGUGACUCUCCCACAGAGCAUAAAUCGUCAUCGUCGUCUUCGUCGUCAUCCUCUUCUGACGAGGAUUCAGACAGCUCCCAGGAGGACGAGGAGGAGAAGGGCUCGUCUCACCAGAACGGCUCAGGGCACACCAUAGAGCUGGACCAGUCUGGCCAGAAACUCAGGCACAAACACAAACCACUCAAACGAGAACGUCCUACCUCACCCAGCACAGAAGAGGCCAUUCAGGGGAUGCUGUCCAUGGCUGGUCUGCUGUGCUCCUCCAAGCCGGAGAAGGUAGCCUCGCCCCAGAAACCCUGGUGGUCCAGCCCCAGCCAGUGCUCGCCGCUGGAGCAGAGGGAGGCGGCGCAGCACCAGCACCGCCUGCAGGGGGACAAGAGCCCGAUGGACAGCCAGGGCAACAGCAGCGAGGCCUGGGACAAUCAGGGGCUGCCCAGCCCCCUUAACCGGAGCCACGGCAGCAGCCCAGAGACGGACUACCAGUACUGUGACCCCUCAAUGUCUCCGCCGCUGCACCCCUCCAAGAGGCACGCCCCCAACCCCCCACCUAUCAGCAAUCAGGCAACGAAAGGCAAGCGGCCCAAAAAAGGAAUGGCCACAGCCAAGCAGAGACUGGGAAAGAUCCUGAAACUCAACAGACACAGUCGCGUCUUCGUCUAACACUCCAAAUCUUCAACGGGAAAAUGAAAACACGGGGAUGAGAAAAAAGAAUAAAAAAACAAUUUGCAUUUUUGUUUCCAGACACUUUUGUGCCGUAGAAAUGAGAAGAAAAAAAGAACUCACCGCCUGGAGACGACUAAACGAAAACCUUUUUACACGUUUAAAAACAAAAAACAACACGCUCACUGUGCAUGCUUAGGAGACAGGGUAUUGGAUUUGAAAUAAGCAAGUGCACGACUUCACUACAAGCACACCCAGAACAAAAACAGAAAAAAAAGGAGCAACAGGAAGAGGAGACGACGAGCAGGUUAUGAAAUGCUGCCGCAGGGAGAAGGUGGACUGAAGCUCCUGCGGGCAUUCAAACGGACAAAGAUGUAGGAGGUCUGACAAACAGAAACAACAGGAAUGCUCGCUUUGCCGGGGAGCAGCACGAUCUCUACUGCUUCUGAUGCCAACAUCAGCUGCAUCACAUUUACUAAGAUUUCCUCCCUUCCUGCCUCCCUCCCUUCAACCUUUGCUCGCUUCAUGUCUGACGAUCUGAACGGGAUGGAGGAGCGAAGAAAAAGCUCCAGCAGGGUCCUUUUCUUCCCCUUUUUUUUUUUUUCCCUCUGGCCCUGAGAGGAGGAAACGAGGUGCUAACGGAGGAGGACUGAUAUUUCAAAAUGGUGCUUAUUUGUUUGUACUUUUCUCCACUCAUGCUUGCCUCCCCUUCCCCCUUCCCUCGAUUCCCCCACUUUUAUCUCAAUCACACCAGCAAUAAUGACUUGGAGGAGAGGACAGAGCGAGAGGCAGCACUUUGACGCGUUUCUUCCUCGUUUGAAAAAAAAAAAAAAUCAGUGCGUUAGACUCGCACAAGUCCGUGCGAAAGUAUCCUCUCAAAUGUGCACUGGGGAUCCGUGUUUCUGAGUCAAAGUGCUGCCUCUCUGAAUUUGUUUAAAAUGGGAAUUGCGAGUCGUUCGCUCGGGUCCGAUGACGAACGACUCGCUUGAUAUCCUGCUUAAUUUAUUUCUUGUUUUAUCUGUGAUGGUUUUUUUUAUGUGUUAUUUUUAUGGAUUCUGAAUGAUGUAUUUAUUAAUUGAAAGAGAUAAUGAUUUUAUUAUAUUUGGACCCUUAAACCUCGGCUAUUCUGAGGGUUUUUUUGUUUCCUUUUUAUAGGGUUUUUUCGCUCCUUUUUUUUUUUUUUUUUAAUCUUUAACCCAUACUUUUUGUAAAUGUGGAUGUUUUAGAGUUCAUGUGAUCACCAUCUGUUGAGUAGCAUUACCUACAAAUCCUUUUCACGACUCUCUUUUUCUUCCCCAGUUGAAUAGAUCCUGUGUUGAUUCUUGUCUGUUCUGGUUUCCUCUUCUCCCUGUAGCCGGAGGUGUUCGGUGGCUAUGUGCGAAUAGUAAACUAGGUUAGGUUGAGAAACUUCCAUAUCUACACCUGAGCUUUUUCAACUAGUGCCACUUCUCACUUAGCAAAAAAAAACAAAACAUAAAACAAGUAUUCUGAGCCACUGUGGUCGAUCCAAAGUAGUCGAUGCAUUCAGAAGAAGUGAACAUUUGAGGAACUUCAAUGGGAUGAGUGAGGUUUUACCUUUUUUUAGUAAAAAAAAAAAAAAGAAAAGAAAAGAAAAAAAAUUCCAGUGCUGAUGUGUGUUUUGCUCGGGGUGUGCAGUUCUUCACUCUCAGGGAAUGAUGCCAUGGACAUAAACCUUCGAUUAACCACCAGCCACAUCAUGGAUGCAGACAGGAUGCUCUCAGCACUCGCUCAAGACUUUAAAAGUUUCACCUCGUGCUCUGCAGUCGCUGAGGUUCGUUUGUUUUUCAUUGUUUCAAAAAAAAGAAGGAAAAAAAAAGAUGAUUUCCUGGUCGUGGUUUUCAAGUUGUGAUGAUAAGCUGUGCUUUAACCAGUCAGUCAUUGUAUCUUUUAGGCUCACUUUUACAACUUCUGUUCACAUGGGUUCGGUAUUGUCUCGCCCCAAUGCUUCCAUAAAGGGUCAUUACACCAAUUUUACACAUUAAAGUGUGUUUACAGGUCUUAUGGAGAGAGAAAAAAAAACCUUUUGUGCCUCCAGACGAAGCUGCAUGUAAUCUGAUAAUUUGCCUCAAGUGACGUCAAUCAGUGGCUCAACUGCACCGUGGGUUGUGAAGGUGCCAGGUUUCGAAAAGGAAGGCGGCUUUCCGCUUUGAGUGUCUUAAAAAAAAAAAAGUUUAUCAAGGUGGUCAACGUGUUUGUAAAAUGCAAAACAACUUGUCUUUGGUGUUCAUACUCUGACACACUGAGGACAGAAAUAUUGACUUGAUGCGACCGAAGAGCACGUGAAUGCAGCAUUAGGCUGGACUUAUUUUUCAAAACCUGGUGACUACAUUACCCAAAAUGCAACUCGGCCACUGAGUGAAAUCACUGGAGAAUAAUUAUCAGAUUACAUGCAGCUUCCUCUGGCGCUACAAAAGGCUUCAUACUACUUUGUUCACAUAUGCAAACACACUUUAAAGAGUAAAAUUGGCGGAGCCGCCCUUUAACACAUGUUCAGCUCAGUGUUUAAGUAAGAAAAACUCCCUUGUGACUCGAUAAAGACACUUCACACGUUGCCAAGUAGCUUUAAGAUGACUCUCUGAACAGCAUGAGACUUUGAAAGCUUUGCUCAGGUUGACCAAUCAUUCAGCCCUGAUGAUGUGUUCCACUUGACCUACAACACGAGCGUUAAUCACAAUGCCAGACUGACUUCCUCCCUUUUUUUCUUACACUACACUUUAACCUUUGAACUCUUUGCAUGUCAAAAAACACAUGAGCUGGCCCGCAGGCAGGGUUUGUUAUAAGCUGUUUAGUAUUCAUCGUACAGGAUCUGUCCCUCUUUUGCUUUUAUACGCAGCUCCCUUGGCAUUUGUGUUAUGUGCGUUGGUUCUUGCAAUGUUUUUAUUUUUUCUCUCCAGAUUUAAAUGGCUUAUGAUUUUAAAUAUACAAACACUGGCUAACUGUGACACUGUUGAUGCGUUGCAUUUUGUUUCUGCAUUUCAAAAAAAUUGCGUGUAAAUAAAACUAAUGAAAUAA